AGUGGUGCGACAUUUAGGGAAGGCAGAAAGUAGGUCAGGGACGGAGGUGCCUGUUUACUGGAGUGGGGCUCGCAGUUGCCUCCUCCUCUGCCGCCGCCGCCGAGCUGUCGCCGCCGCCGCCGCCGCGGAAACUGAGGAGAGCUGGGGCCCCGGACCGCGCGCCCCCGGGCAGCUCGCCCGCCCACGGAAAUUGAGAUGACAUUUGCUUACCCUGAGUUUUAUAGCCACUUCUCUUCACCAUUCUUCCUGAAUUUUUGAAAAAAGAUGAAGAUCACUAGCAAUCCUGACCGCCAGUUCUUUCAGUACCCAGCAAUGUGUUUCAUCUAGACUUGGUGAUUUGAUCACAUCAAGAACAUCCAGGAUUCUGUGAGAAUCUUAUGGACUAGAAAACAAGAGGAUAUGAGAAAAGCCUUUAGGUGACAAGCACACGGUGGAGACCUGGUUCCUAGUAUAAAUCUGAAAUUCGAAAAAUAUUUUCAGGAGGCUCUACAAUGUUCUGGGACUUGAUAUCAUCUACAAAGAGGAGCAUCUCCAGGACCUCACCUUCUAGAGGGAAUUCCUCUUCGUUUUAGACUCUGCAUUGGACAUCCUCUGUGACCUUAGUAAAUAUCUUUGAAUAUUCAAUGGCUGACCAGAGAAUGGACAUUUCUUCUACAAUUAGUGAUUUUAUGUCACCAGGUCCCACUGACCUCAUCUCUAGCUCUCUUAAUGCUACUGGGAUGGAUUGUAAUCGAAAAAGGAAAGGCAGUUCAACUGAUUAUCAACUUGAUGGCUUUUCUUUUGAAGAAAGUAUGGAUACAGACAAAGAUGACCAGCAUGGAAGGUUGGAAUACCCAGACCAGCAAGGCAGAAUCAGAAAUGCCAGGGAAGCUCACAGUCAAAUUGAAAAAAGACGCCGAGAUAAAAUGAACAGUUUUAUUGAUGAACUAGCUUCUUUGGUACCAACAUGCAAUGCAAUGUCCAGAAAGUUGGAUAAACUUACUGUGCUAAGAAUGGCUGUUCAACAUAUGAAAACAUUAAGAGGUGCCACCAACCCAUAUACAGAAGCAAACUACAAACCUACUUUUCUGUCAGAUGAUGAGCUAAAACAUCUCAUUCUCAGGGCGGCAGAUGGAUUUCUCUUUGUCGUUGGAUGUGACAGAGGAAAGAUACUAUUUGUUUCGGAGUCUGUCUUUAAAAUUCUCAACUAUAGCCAGAAUGAUCUAAUUGGUCAGAGUUUGUUUGACUACCUACAUCCUAAAGAUAUUGCCAAAGUUAAGGAACAACUGUCUUCUUCAGAUACUGCUCCAAGAGAAAGACUAAUAGAUGCAAAAACUGGACUUCCAGUUAAGACAGAUAUAACCCCUGGGCCAUCAAGAUUAUGUUCUGGUGCCAGACGUUCAUUCUUCUGUAGGAUGAAAUGUAAUAGGCCUUCAGUUAAAGUUGAAGAGAAAGAUUUCCCUUCAACCUGUUCAAAGAAAAAAGCAGACCGAAAAAGCUUCUGCACCAUCCAUAGCACUGGAUAUUUAAAAAGCUGGCCACCCACAAAAAUGGGCCUGGAUGAGGACAAUGAACCAGAUAAUGAAGGCUGUAACCUCAGCUGCCUUGUAGCAAUUGGACGGUUACAUUCUCAUGUCGUUCCACAGCCAGUGAAUGGGGAAAUCAGGGUGAAAUCUACAGAAUAUGUUUCUCGCCAUGCAAUUGAUGGGAAAUUUGUUUUUGUGGACCAGAGGGCAACAGCAAUUCUGGCGUAUUUACCCCAAGAACUUCUAGGCACUUCGUGUUAUGAAUACUUUCACCAAGAUGACAUAGGGCACCUUGCAGAAUGUCAUAGGCAAGUUUUACAGACAAGAGAAAAAAUUACAACUAAUUGCUAUAAAUUUAAAAUCAAAGAUGGUUCUUUCAUCACAUUGAGAAGUCGUUGGUUCAGUUUCAUGAACCCUUGGACAAAGGAGGUAGAAUAUAUUGUCUCAACCAACACCGUCGUAUCAGCCAACGUACUAGAAAGCGGGGACCCAAGUUUCCCACAGCUCACAGCUUCCCCCCACAGCAUGGAUAGCAUACUGACCUCUGGAGAAGGUGGGCAGAAGAGGAGCCAUCCUACUGUUCCUGGAAUUCCAGGUGGAACAAGAGCUGGUGCAGGAAAAAUUGGUCGAAUGAUUGCAGAAGAGAUCAUGGAGAUACAUAGGAUAAGAGGGUCAUCACCCUCUAGCUGUGGUUCCAGCCCAUUGAACAUCACAAGCACGCCUCCCCCCGAUGCAUCCUCCCCAGGAGGCAAAAAGCUACUAGGACACCAAGUGAGAGACAAUGAUAUCCAGCUUUGGUGGCAUGGACAUGAACUGCAGAAUAUGAGACUACAUGGAUGGAUUCUAAUCUGUUCCACUGGAGACACCCAUAGUAAUAACCUUAGAUGCAGGAGAGGACGCAUCUAGGUGAAAUAAGGUAUAGUUGUGUUCUCCUGGAGCAUGUCUGCCUCACAGAAAACAGACCCAGUAAUCAGAGCAGAAUGGUAAGUGUUCAAGGUUAGAAAAGUGUUAUGGAAGCAUGAAGGCGAUCACUUCUUAUUGGAAGAAAGUUUGAAAUGGGAGUACUAGGCACAGGAAACAAUUCAGCAAAGGUAUAGUCUGGGCUGGUGUGACUGAAAUUUGAAGCUUUAAAAUGUUGAAAAGCAUUUUGUCUGUUACUUACCUGAAAAAAGCUGCAGAGCUAGUAGUUCAGCAGUCUUAGUUUGAAAAUUGGGACACUGCAAAGGUCCAAAGCCACAAAAGAAAUCCUCAAAAGACUUCCUCUCAGGCAUAGAACUUAGCUCAUUUCUCCACAGCUAGCUUCUCAUCAUGUCCUAGUUAUAGCUUUUUUUAAAUGCCCACCUCCUAGAUGCAUAGUAGAAAAGGGCAGAGAAGAAAGCCCUCGCCAUUGUACUGCUAUCCCUGGUACCGGGCCUGGUGUGUAGUAGGCUCUCAAGACAUAUGGGUUCAUUUAAUAAUUCUAGGUCUGAAGGCAAAUGUAAGAACAUCCCUCGAGUUCCAUCAUAUCUGUUUCCCUGGCUUGGAGAUGGUGUAGUUGGUGAUACUCUUCCCUAUCACCGUGAAAGACAAUCUAGAAGAUGCUUUACCCACAUGCAGGGGGCCACCAGGGUGGACCUGUUGACAUUUAGUGAUCGAGAUUGGGCAUUAAGUUCUAAGUUGCUAUUAAUAUAGCGUGGUGUAGAUGAUGAUCCUGAACCAAAUGAACAGAGAAUAAUUUUUUAAAUGAAGGUUUUGCCCCACUAACUUUUCUAACAUUAAUUAGCAUGAGACUAUUUCAGAUGGCCUCUUUGGUUUUUUGCCCUUAGUAAUCAUACUGCUUGUCUGAGAUUUGCGUUUAAAUCACAAAAACUCCUAUGCUUUCCCAUUUGAUAGAUUUUAAAUGGAGGAACUCCAGACAUUCCUUCUGCUGGUCUCCUCCCAGGGCAGAUUCAAGAUAACCCUGGGUAUCCAUAUUCCGACAGUUCCU